AUGAACCCCUACGCUGCCUACGCGACUCCGUUCCCUGGAUAUCCGGGAUACUAUCCUGCGUACCGAAGUGCCACUCCAUCCCCAGCCGCGUCGCCAUCAGGAGGCUAUCACGGGUACUAUCAACAGCCCCCAUUGAGACCCGGCACAGCACGUCCAUCUACAAAGCAACAUCAGCGUCAUGUAUCAUCAGGGGAAUCGUGGGCGACUCCCCAGCGCGGAGCUUUCUCCCCUCGGUACAAUUCCAAUGGACACUACGCCACUACGGCAGCCAAUGCAACAGCAUUUUCAUACGAUAAAGAAGAACUUAAUAACACCCCGCAUCAAACCGAUAACCCUAUCCGAAGGGGUCACAAACAUUCAAAUUCCACCCCUAAACGUUCUCAGACUGCGCGGCCCGCCGCACCGCCCAAGAAACCGAGUCACACUAACAUAGCUACCGAAGCUGAUGCGCGAAAGCAUCGAAUUCCUCAAGGUUAUUCUCUAAAGCAUUGGGAUCCGUCUGAAGAACCUAUUAUGCUUCUUGGAAGUGUAUUCGACGCAAAUAGCUUGGGUAAAUGGAUUUACGAUUGGACUGUAUACCACCAUGGUCCUGCUACACCAAUCACUGACAUGGCCGGAGAACUAUGGCUACUUUUAAUCCAACUCGCAGGUAAGGUAAAGCGUGCAGAAGAAUGCAUGCCUCGUAUACGCACACAGGUAAACAAGGAGAUGAUUGACGAUUUUAUCGAGUCUGGUGACCGCUUAACAGAUAAGCUGAAGCGUCUAUUGAAAGCCUGUGAAACUCCCAUGCUUAAGGUUGGAAAAAGUAAUAAAAACGCAUCCCAAUUGGGAAAGAAUGCUGGGAUAGAAUUUGUCGACUCUAUUUUUGGCCGUGAUCGCCAACUCGACGCCACUGAAAGGUUUAUGUCGUCCAUACGAUUAUGGAACCUUCGCUUUGAUGCGAAUUGUGAAGAAAUACUUCGGCGACCGGAACAAUAA